CGGCUGAGCUCCUCGACUGCUCGACCAAGCCAGUCUCGCACCGCAGAGCCGCCCGCACCGCCUGUACGCCCUCCAGCCGCCGUCGACCGGGUCCGCCUCGUCUUCAUCUUCCGUCCUCGACUCCGUCACCCCUACACCAUGCCGACCGUCACUGUGGACCGCGUCGAGUUCUUCAAGCGCCUCGGGAGGGACUACACGACCAAGGAGUUUGACGAGCUCCUGUUCCAGUACGGCCUCGAGCUCGACGAGGACACCCUGAGCGACCCCGACCACCCAGCUGGCGAGCCUCACCAGCUCAAGAUCGAGAUCCCGGCCAACCGCUACGACCUGCUGUGCAUCGAGGGCAUCGCACGCGCCCUCAAGCUGUACCUGCAACCCGAGCUCGGCGUCCCGACCUAUGCUCUCCGCCCCGCUCCCGCCGGCACCGAGCGAACCGUUCGCGUCAAGGCCGAGACGUCCCAGAUCCGCCCGUACUUCGCGUCGGCCAUCCUCCGCAACGUCCGCUUCGACAAGCUCAACUACGCCAGCUUCAUCGACCUCCAGGACAAGCUGCACCAGAACCUCGCACGUCGUCGCACGCUCGUCGCCAUCGGCACCCACGACCUCGACAAGAUCGCGCCGGGCGACAUCACCUACGAGGCACUUCCGCCUUCCGAGAUCAAGUUUGCGCCCUUGAACAAGACGCAGGAGUACUCGGCGCCAGACAUGAUGGCGCUCUUCAAGGCAAGUCGUCGCGUCGAGGACAAGCACCUGUCGCGGUACCUGCACAUCAUCGAGGACUCGCCCGUCUACCCGAUCAUCUACGACUCGAGCCGUCAGGUCCUCAGCAUGCCGCCGAUCAUCAACUCGGACCACACCAAGAUCACGCUCGACACCAAGAACAUCUUCAUCGACGUGACCGCGACCGACCUGACCAAGCUCGACAUCGUCGUCGACAUGAUCGUCACCAUGUUCUCCGAGUACUGCGAGGACACGUUCGUCGUCGAGCCCGUCAACGUCGUGUACGAGGCCGGCUGCCCGGGCGGCGCGCGCACCGUCGUCUCGCCUCCCCUCACCUCGCGUCCUUUCGUCGCCCGUGCGUCCUACAUCAACUCGUGCACCGGCCUCAAGCUCCCGAGGGACGAGAUCGUCACGCUCCUGCGCAAGAUGGGCCACACGGCCAACACGCCGACGGUGCACCUCGGCUCGGGCUUUGCGCCGCUCAACGCCCAGGCGUCGCUCGUCAUCGACCCGGAGGACGAGAUCCACGUCCACGUGCCGCCGACGCGGCCCGACAUCCUGCACGAGUGCGACAUCAUGGAGGACGUCGCGAUCGCGUACGGGUUCGACAACCUCAAGAAGACGUUCCCGCAGACCAACACGGUCGGCAAGCCGCUCCCGGUCAACAAGCUCACCGACGUGCUCCGGCGACUGUGCUCGGAGGCGAGCUGGACCGAGGUCCUGCCCCUCAUCCUCUGCUCCCACGACGAGAACUACAAGUUCCUGAACCGCGUCGACCCGGGCAAGGAGGCGGUCGUGCUCGCCAACCCCAAGACGAUCGAGUACCAGAUCGUGCGCACGUCGCUCCUGCCGGGCCUCCUCAAGUCGGUGCGCGAGAACCGCAAGCACACGCUCCCUCUGCGCAUCUUCGAGGUGUCGGACGUCGUCGUGCAGGACACGCGCGAGGAGCGCCAGGCGCGCAACGUGCGCCGCAUGGGCGGCGUCUUCUGCGGGCGCAAGGCCGGGUUCGAGGUCGUGCACGGCCUGCUCGACCGCCUCAUGGUCGGCCUCGGCGUGAGGAACCUCGUGUCCGAGUCGAGCACGGGCGAGUCGGGCUACUACAUCAAGGCGUCGGACGACCUUACCUUCUUCCCCGGUCGCUCUGCCGACAUCUACUACCGCGCGCCGCCAUCGGGCGUGGACGCGCACGCGACGCUCGCGCCCCUGUCGUCGGCCAACCCGGACGACGCGCAGGCCGUCCCGGGCUCGACGCCCGCUCUCGCGCCGACGUCGACCCCGGCCCUCGCGCCGACCGGUGCGUCGGACGCGCGUGCUGCUGCCGAGGACGGCAAGGACGAGGACAAGAAGGGCGCGCUCGACACGAUCAAGGACAAGCUCGCGGCGGCGCUGCCGUCGGUCGUCGUCGGCGCGGCCAAGAAGGCCGGCCACGAGGCGCACGAGGCGGCGCACGAGGUCGAGCGGGUCAAGGACGUCAAGGUCGGGAGCCUGGGCAUCCUGCACCCGAGCGUGCUCAAGGCGUACGAGCUCGACUACCCUGCGUCGACGCUCGAGUUCGACGUCGAGCCGUUCCUCUAGAGGGCACCGUGCGUCGGCGAUGAACCGUAGAGGGCCGUGCAACCUGGCUGUACUCGUUUCUCCG